UAAACCAUCACAAAGAUAGUGGGAAUAUUCAUAACUUCCUCUGACUGUAUGAAUAUCUUCGCCUAUUUCUACCAGACCAUUGUGAACAUCGCGUAACAGCUGUCGACAUUUUCCUUCGUCCAUGGGCGCGGCCAUCUUGAAAUAAAAUGGCGUCGACUUCAUCAGACACCUGUGCCCCAGGCUCCAGUGGCAUGGACAAAACGAAGAGCAGGCUGGAUAGAUUCAAAAAUCUGGAACUAAAAAUGAAUGAGGCUCGUAAGAUGAAUCACUCAGAGGUUGUCGAGGAGGACCGCAGGAAGAAACUUCCGGCCAACUUUGAACAGAAACGCAAGUUUGUGGAAUGGGAGGAAAAGGAGGAAGCCAAACGAAAGGAGGCCCAGGCAAAGGGUGAGGACUAUGACCGUGUAAAGUUGCUGGAAAUCACCUCAGAAGAUGCUGACAAGUGGGAAAGAAAGAAAAAGAAGAAAAACCCUGACCCUGGAUUCUCAGACUUUGAGUCAGCAACGCACCGGCAGUACCAGCGCAACACAAAGAACAUGAAGCCGGACAUGCAGGAGGUGGCCAGGCAGAAGGAAAAACUUGGUGAUGCAUUCUACGCCAGUAAGGACACCAUGGGGCUCACCCAACACAAGGACUCUAAGGAGGCAGUGGAUCGCAUGGUAGAUGACCUUGAAAAACAGAUUGCCAAGCGUGCCAAGUACAGCAGGAGGAGGACACACGAUGAAGACGCGGACAUUGACUACAUCAACGAGAGGAACAACAAGUUUAACAAGAAACUGGAACGAUUCUAUGGGACAUAUACUGCAGAUAUUAAACAGAACUUGGAAAGAGGAACUGCAGUGUAGUAUCUUCAUAACUACUUUAAGUCAGUUGGAGAGAGGGGAUAUACAUAUGUAAAGAGAUGGGAUGGACUUGAGCCAGUGCAUUCUGAAUGAAAUCAUACCUAAUUGUGAAAUAUAAUGAUGACUCAAUUAACUGGUGAAAGUUUUAUAAGUGCAUAUAACACUGUACUUCGUAGUCAAUUCAGUUAUAACAUAGGGUUUUGUUAUUCUCUUUGAAAAGUGGAAAAAUGCAUUAAUGCAUUUUCAGUAUUUUAAUGGUAACAAGGUUAUAGUCAAGGUAUUGUUCUUGUUGGCCGUAUAAUAUGAAAUGAAAAUUCUGGUCCUUUGUGUAACAGAAUUGUGUCUGAUUGGAAAUUGACCCGUGUAUAACUACGGUAGCUUAUAGCUAUAAAUGACUACUCAUUUUUAAAUGCUUGAACAUGUUGUAAAUAUUUGUAAAAUAAAACAACGUUUUUUA